GCGAGUAGUGCCGCCCGCGUCUGGCAGAGGCGCGUCGGGCACAAUAUGGCGAAGCCGCCGAUCAAUGAACAGUAGUACGAGCGAGUGUACACGAUAAGUGUUUUUAAUAAUGUUACGCUGCAAUUGUGACUAGCGCGUGUGACUUGUGGCGUAAAUGGGGAAAGACGAGGACCUGCUGGAGGCUGCUCGCAACGGCAAUGUAGCUGUCGUCGAGAAGAUACUCGGCCAAAGGGCCAAAAGGAGUGGCCCCCUUGCAAGUUUACGCCGAGGGCCCGGGGUGAACGCGAGGGAUAGCAGCGGCUUCUCAUGCCUGCACCACGCGGCUCUCAACGGACACAAGGAGAUCGUGAAACUUCUACUCGAUCACGAUGCGUAUACGAACAUCAUCGACAGCAAAGGAUCCACGCCGCUGCAUCUGGCCGCGUGGUCCGGCAAUACGGACAUCGUCAAACUAUUACUCAAUGCCCACAUUACAUGCGAUGUCAAUUUAAAGACGAAGGAUGAUGAAACGGCGUUGCAUUGCGGCGCACAGUAUGGCCACACCAUUGUGGUCGGCAUGUUACUUGAACGUGGCUGUGAUCCCGGAGUGCGAAACAUUCGCGGUGAGAAUGCGCUCGACCUCGCCGCGCAAUACGGAAGAUUGGAAACUGUCGAAUUAUUGGUCCGUAUGCAUCCAAUAUUAAUACAGCAGAUGGUCCGGGUUAUACCUGGCACAGUGUUUCCACACACGCCGCUGCAUCUCGCCAGCCGCAAUGGACACAAAAUGGUCGUCGAAGUAUUGCUUCGUUCUGGUUUGGAUGCAAAUAUCCGAACGCCGGCUGGUACAGCUCUGCAUGAAGCGGCGUUGUGCGGGAAGAUUGAAGUAGUUAGGACCUUGCUGGAGUAUGGGGUUGAUAUACAUAUUAGGGAUGCUCACAACUAUACGGUUAAAGAUCUGCUCAGACAAUUUCCGGCGCACGCUACUCAGGAGAUCAUGGCGUUGUUAAAACGACAUAAGAAACUACGUGCCAGUCAUUUUGCUGAUAGCGAUGGUGAAGGCUUCAGUCAACCGUUUCCUCCUAUUUCUCACUUGGAUUCUGAGCUAGGUAGUCCCUAUGAAAAUGUUAGAUCGUGUUCCAGAGGAAGGUCCAUGACGACUGAUCCAUCUCCGGGAUCUUCGCCGCAUCGAUGGGAUUUUCAUAGGCAAGCCAGGUCGGUUGAUUGUGUUGAAGAUCGAAGAAUAUCUGGGACUUCAAUGCUGCGCAACUUUCUGUAUCGAAGCUUGCCGCCGUUACGUCGGACAAAACCGAAAAGCAUAAAGGUACACUCGAUGCAUGAGCUGGCUUCAAGUACUUCCUCAAUUGCGGACAGCAUCACGUUUUCGUUUAGCGAAAAAUUGCACAUAGAGAAAAAGCGUAGGAUCUCUUCGAUUUCCGCAUACAGGAAGGUGUCGCUUGAUUGUUCCAGGGAGUCUGAUAACAGCCUCUAUCAGAUUCAUUGCGCGCCCAAGCAAUUUAUGGACUCGAGUGUGAAUUCGGACGAUAUAUUUAUGUGCAAUAGCCGUGAAUCAGAUCGUAUCAGUUUAUCCUCAACUGCGUCCUCGACGGGUUAUCCGCGGCGACCGGAUAGUAGUGGUGCGACACCACUCUACAUGCCCAUGAAUAUGCUCAACUCGAAAGGUGCCCACAGUCCUUGUUCCAACAACAAAGUCUCUCCUACACCACCAAAGAAACCACCGCGACGAAAUUUAUCAGUGUCUCCCACUCACUUGCACACAAUCGGUGCUGACGGUUACAGUAAUAACGCGUACGAAUUUUUAUUUCUCGCCCAUUCCGGCACCAAGAGUCAGGACAACUUGGAUAAUGUCGAUCAGCAGGAAUCCAGACGCGAGCGUUUAAUGCACGGACGCAGUGUUGAUCAAUAUGUCGAAAUGAAUACAGUUUUCAGUAUUAACCUAGACGAUGAUGAAGGUGCUCCUAUGCCCCCGCCGAACAAAGAAUUACAGCGUGGGAAAAGCGAGGAUCUAGACACACGCCGCCCGAAACCGGAACCGGUUGCCAUUGCGUACGAAAACGUAAUCAAACCGAAUCCGAAACGAAAACUGCGAAGAAACCCAGAUCAAUACGAUCGCAGUCAGGAAAAUGUUUACGAAGACUAUGACCUACCCAUCAACAAGACCAGCUCCUCAGCGCCGGAGACCUUCGUGUCUCGGAAGUUCCUAAUGAUCAAGGACGAUUAUAAUGAUCCGAAAGAAAAGGAGCGAACGAUUAAACGAGUGAGUCAAACAAUUCCACUGAGUCCUACGCACUAUCAACAACCGCCGACGCCGGAACAUCCACCACCUUCGGCACUGCAAGCCGAGAAUGCAAUACACGACCGAAUACGUCCACUUAGUCAGGAGUACAAAAGAAGAUCAAAGGAUAUGGAGACUGAAACGGAGGACGAGUAUUUAUUAAUCUUCGACGGCUCGAGCGGCAGUUUCUCUAGUAGUGUGUCACUCUCCGACAAGAGCACCGAUAAUGUAGUAGAAGAAUAUUACUCGGAUGCGCCGUUUGCAGGCUUAAUUAAAGGUUCGACACAAGUGCUGACCGAUUCGAACAAGCAAACCGCACUCGAACGACCCAAGACGCUCAAGAAACUCAAACGCGUGUAUGACAAUUUCGUGGCGGGCGGCGCGAACGGCCGCCAAGAUAAUAAAUCGAGCAGCAACUCGUCGGGGUCCGAUAAGGAGUCGGAGAAUAAAGAAAACCGCACGGAAAAUCGUAAUAAUGGCAGUGGUAACAACGAAGGCGGCGCCGAUUGUGCCAAUAAAGCGGAACAGCGCGUAUCGACGCUCAGUCCGUUCGAUGAGCAGGAGGAAUGGGCGAAAAUUCAAGAAAUUAUGGCUUCUUUUGGCACCGGCAUUGUGCGCGAGUCCGUAUUCGUCUCCGAACUAGAGACGGAGUUUCAGAAUCGUCUCAUGUCUCUGAGCACGUCGAAUCACAACCUGCAAUCUGCCCAUAAUCACAACCAGCCGAAUACGUUAGAAAAAUGGUUGACAACCAUCGAAAUGUCCGACUAUUUACCGCUUUUCCUUGGCCAUGGCUUUGAUGAUCUGGACUUUUUGAACGGCACAUUGGAAGAUUCCGAUUUAAAAACAAUGGGUAUCGUUAGCGAUGCGGAGCGGCAAACAAUCUUAAAUGCAUGCAAACAGUUACCGUCUAUGAUAAAUGACUUCCUAUAUAAUAUGAACAGCAUGACAGACGGUGGCAAAGAUGGUGUUGAUAAUUGGCUGAAACAUAUACGACUGGAACAGUAUGCCGAAACAUUCGCAAAGCAUCUCUACGUCGAUAUGGAACGCAUAAAACGUAUAUGGGAUGUGGAAUUGUCCACGGUGCUGGACAUUGAAAAAGUUGGCCACCGAAAACGCAUUCUGCUUAGCGUCAACAGUGGCGAACAGGCAACAGCCGGGCCGAAGCUGGAAGAAAUCAAUGCGGAUUUGAGUGCGCUGAAAAACAAUAUACAGCAAUUGAAAUCUGAAAUGCGUUCGCCGUCUACUGCCGCGGCGUCAGCGGUGGCGGCAACGGCGCCCGGUAAUACGGGCACUAUUCGUCACAGACAUAAAAAAUCGCGCCCGGCGCCGCCGCCACCAACGCAUAAGAAUGCGAAUCCACCUAAUACGACGCCGACCACUACGAACGCCUCCACUGUAUCAACGCCAGAUGCAGAUAAAAAGUCACAAUCAGAAAUAUCUGUUGGUGGGACGGGGUCCAUUAAGGCCCAGUGGAGGCAUCAACCGUUAUUGUUGAUCACCGGCGUAGUCAAGUACACUGUAAACUAUUUAGGAUCGACUUUAGUCAAAGAAUUCAAGGGCACUGAAUCAACGAAGAAAUCCAUUCAAAAAAUACGCAAAUCCGAGGAGAAGAACGGACAAGAUAUUGUGCUGGCAAUUUCCUACAAAGGACUCAAGUUUCUUAGUCAGGAUGCACAGGAAUGUAUCUGUGAUCAUGAAAUCAAAAAUGUCAACUGCGCGUGCCAAGAUCCGGAAUCCCGUCUGUACUUCGCAUACAUCACUAAAGAUCAAAACGAGUACUACUGUCACGUGUUUUCAACGAAAUCAGCAGAACAAGCAACGGACAUCAUCCUAACGCUGGGUCAAGCUUUUGAGCUCGCCUAUCAAAUGGCAUUAAGGGAACAAGUCACUAGCAAAAGUAAGACGAAUCAUAAAGAUAACCACAAGAUGCUCGCGUCGAGUCCCGGCUCCUCCUCCACCUCUACGCCGCAUUAUCCGAAAGAUGCGACGACGACAAACGCCAGCUCAACGACGUCGAUGGCGCGCGCCGAUCUGAAACUGAACGGUCAUCCUUUGAAGAUGAAACCGCUGACUCUGUCCAUCGCAGCUUCUCCCGAACCAAUCAUUGAUGCUGCCGCGGGAACGCAAAUGCAAAGAACGCCAACCAAAGUGAAUUGCAGUGAUAUCGAAGCGUAAUCUCUUUCCAUAAUCUAGCUCCGCAUUCAUUUCAUCAUUACACCACUACAUUUAAUUACAACUAUAUAUACUAUAAACUUACAUGUACGAGUUUCAGCGGUGAUGCCGAUGCCGAUGAAGUUUGUGUGAAAAUGAAAAGAUUGUCAAACUAAUACGCGACUUACGCGUAUAUGUGAUAUUAUUUUAGUGCAUAUUACUGCUAUAAUUCGGGCCGGACCCGACGACGAUGACAUUACAUAAGAUCGAGUUAUUGAGUUGCAAUAAUCACUGCCAUAUCUACCAAUCAUUCUUUUGGUGUGUCGUUUAGUCAUAGCGUACCUACGAAUAUAUACAACUAAAUUAUUAAGACGUUCCGAAUCAAUUUGUUGCUCAAAUAUUUACAUGCAAUAUUUUACAAAGGAGACAAAAUAAAUUAAACGCAUCCACGAAACAUGUAGAAGACGUGUAUACUCGGGAACAAAUUUGUAUGUAUAAUAAUCAUUAUACAAGAUCAAAGAAACAGAUAUUCAAACGCACAUCAUCCUCAUCCUGAUCAUUCAUUAAAAGUAAAAAAUUAAAUACGAUUCUGUUGUAGAUAGUUGCAUAUUUAUUGGCAUAGCUUGUUUGUAAAUAUAUAUAUAUACACGUUUUAGCAGCAUUAUAACGACUUUAUAAAGUUUAUUAGCAGUGUAAACAGCUUCACUAAGUGACAUUUCGACAGAAAAAAAAUUUUGCUUAUAAUAUCGUAUUCGAAAUACAUACAUUACAUUAAACUGUUUGGAAAUAUUUAGCAAAGAUUAUUAUUAUGAAACAAAUAAUUUAUUAUAUAUACUUAUAGUUACAAUGGAGAAUGUUAAAUUACUAUAUAAAUAUUAUAAAAUAAUAUCCUAUCAUCAUUCUGAGAGAAUGCCAAUCAUCUUACUAGAGAAAACAUAAAAAAAAAACUCCAAGAACGAAUAUUAUCUUCUAUAUUGCUGGAAACUAUGUGCAAUGUGCAAUGAUAACAAAUGUGCUUCGUUUUUUGAUUAGUUCAAGCUGUUUUUGAUAUCAUUUAAUUGAUAUACAUUUAUAUUAAAUAUUAUAAAAGUGAAAUGACCUCUUUUAAAAAGAGUAUAAUUAAUAUUGUAUUAAACUCAGUGUUGUGAUUCAAAAGUCGGAUAAAUGAAUGAAUAAACAAAUGUUGGUUGGUGAAGAA